CUUAGAUAUCAGUUUCAUAAUAUAAUGCACCCCAGUUUUGGCCUAAUUUCUGCAGAAAGUGGGCAUGCUGUGGGUACAAUAACCAUUGUCACAUGUGCUUUUUCUUCCAAACUGAUGAUGUUAGCAAAAUCUCUCUCUCUCCCUCCCCUCUACCCACCAGCAGCUCCUCAGAACAGUUCUUCAAGCUAACUGUAAUCAAUGCUCAUUUUAGCUGAGAUCCAGCACUGCCUGGUUAAUGCGGGCGAUGUAGGAUGUGGAGUGUUUGAGUGCUUUGAGAACAAUUCUUGUGAGAUCCGAGGCUUACAUGAGAUCUGCAUGACUUUCCUGCACAACGCUGGAAAAUUCGAUGCCCAGGGAAAAUCCUUCAUUAAAGAUGCUCUGAAGUGUAAGGCUCAUGCCUUGAGGCAUAAAUUCAGCUGCAUCAGCCGUAAGUGCCCAGCCAUUAAAGAGAUGGUGUUCCAGUUACAGCGGGAGUGCUACCUGAAGCAUGACCUCUGCUCCGCUGCCAAGGAGAACGUCCAGGUCAUUGUGGAGAUGAUUCACUUCAAAGACCUGCUGCAGCAUGAGCCAUAUGUUGACCUAGUGAACAUCCUGCUCACCUGUGGCGAGGAGGUGAAAAAGGCAAUAACAAGAAGCGUCCAGGCCCAAUGCGAACAGAACUGGGGAAGUCUCUGCUCUAUCCUGAGCUUCUGCACCUCCUCCAUGCACGGCGAUGCCAUUCUGGGUCCCGAAAAGAAGACAGGCGAAGCCGGCAAAGCCGCUGCUGGCCGUGGGGAUGUGCUGGUCCCUGCCGAGCCUGAGCACAGGGAGAGCUCGCGAGCAGCCAAGGGAGAGAGAGGUACCAAGGGCCACCUGAACGCCCACGCCCGGGUGAAGGCUGGGGCCCACGGUGCCAAAGGGGCGCAUGGGAUCAUGGACCGGACGGACGAACUGUCCGACUUCUCGGACAUCCGGAGGUGAGAAAAGGCACCAAACCCCCAUCACCCACAUCCUCCCCUUCUGCUGGAACCUUCCUCCGUUGAGUCCAUCUUCCCGUCUACGGACAUUCCAAAGCAUUUCCCAUUCAGAGGUCAAGCACAGGGCAUUGCAAGAUAUAUGGACCUCAGCAACCGUGUAUAUAGUAGCAAAGGGAGAGCAGUGGCAGUGGGUUAUUGAUCCAGCAAACUCAACACUUGAGCAGCUGCCAAAUGUGGCAAAAUGUCUCCAACUAAAUUCUUUUUUCCCCUUUUUUUUUGGGGGGUAGAGAUCAUUGCGUGUUUGUUUGUUUGUUUUCUUCCCCUCGUGGGGAGAAGGUUACGGGAGGGCUCAGGCAGAUGGCACGCAGCCGCUCAUGGCUUAGCACCUCCAAGGGCUCCAAGCGCAGCCUUGUAGCAGAUGGCUGAAUUCCAGAGGGGUUUGGUUUCUGCCUGUGGCCGAGCAGGCAGGAGCUCAAGGUUGUCCGUGACACUCAGCAGUGAAAUAGCCAUCCUGCCUCUGGCACAGGGACUGUGUGGUCUGGAGCUCCAUACUGUCUGCUGAGUGACUCCUGAGCCAUUGUCCCCAUCGGGCAGUGCUGCCGACUUCAAGUACGCCCUAUUUGUUUUUUAACCACUGCAUAACUUGACACUUGCUUAUCCAGUCACUUAUCGAAGGCUUCCAGACAGAGCAGUCUGGUUGUUACUCACCUAGCUCCACAGCAUGGAGGGCCCCCAAGAACUCCUUCACAAACCUCCAAAUCCCCCCACUCAGAUACAGCUCCUCUGCCCUAUGCACAGCCCAAGUGUUAGAGGAAGGGUGCAGGCUCAGACCACGGAGGACUACAUGUACAGUGUUCUUUGCAGGGCUGUGUCAGAAGCCCUUGGAACCUUUCUCCUUAGCUAACAUGGUGUGGUCUGUUGGGAUGUGGAGCCCACUGUAACCCACCUGUCAGCCGUGGUUUAUCAAAAUGCCAAAGAUAGGGAGAGAGGACUGACUUCAUUAAUCGUUGUGACUUACUGGAGGUCAAGAGUGCUAAGAAUUUAUUGUCUCUAAGCAGUUUAUAAGUGUGAGUGAGGUGUUCGGAUGCAUCUCUCCUACCCCCUGCAAUUACAGUUCUCAGGUUGCAGACCUGCAAUCCUUUAUCCCCAGACAGCGUACUGGAUAGGGAGGGGACAGCACCCAUGGGGACACAAGAGUGAGUACUUCAGCUUCCUCUGGAGGCAGAGUGAAUUUUCUUAGAAAGUGGGAAUCGCACCAAGGAUUUGAGCCUUCUUAUUUAGAAAGUUUGGGAGGAGAGCUGUGGGGGCAGGAAGGCAGUUGAGUAGGGACAGAACGUACCCAGCGAACCAGUGUACGUUUGUCGCAUGGUGGGAAGGAGCUAUAUAAACAGUAGAGGGUGUUGGAAUUUGGCUACGAUUUCCAACUCAGAUUUUAGCUACUGCUAAGUGAGCACAGCUCCUAAUAGCUAUAUUCGGGGUUUAAUGCAUGUAUCCACCUGCAGAAUUUAUAGGCAGUACUUUUAAUAGAAGCCAUGUGGGAAGCGAGAGAGAACCGCUAAGUUGAAGAGGUGUCUCUGUGUGAUCACCAGGCCUUUGUUCAAAGUGACCUUGAUCCCAAUGGUUCUAGCUGUGUUCGGUGACAAAGUUUUCAUUCAACUUAGUUGGGAAGACGUGGGAUCAGACCCAAUGCAGUGACAAAGGCUGCCCUGACCCGAGGAGCAGAGCUCCUUCCAGUGAGCGUCCUCUCCCCGUUGGUGGCAUUUGGCCACCAGGUAGAACAAGCUCGAACCAAAAAGACAAUUCAGGCAUUUUAGCACAA